GUCACAAUGGAUAUUAAAAGGUGGAGCUUGGAUAAAAUUUUAAGGCCUACAUCUAGCUCAAGAGCUUAUCCUAAUAGCAGAUCUUUGAAUACAUCUAUGUGGUUACUAACACCAGAGCCACGUUUGCCAAAGGUUGAUUCACCUGCCAGUUUGGCUGGUAGUCACCAAAGAGGCAGUCUAGAAGACUGCUGUCCAGAAGAAAAUAAAGGUGAUGGCAGAGAGAAAUCUGAUGUCAAGGAAGUAAGAACAGAUCAGCAAACCACAGUGGAGAGUACGGCCUUCUUACUUCAGAAGUGUAUGCUGAAUCCCAACGAGUUGUCAGGAUGUAUCUCUAAUUCAGAUUCUGGAUAUGAUAGCAUUGAAACACAGACUUUGAAAUUCUGUGGACCUUCCCAAGGAAAACAAAGUAAUGCAAAAGCAGCAAACUCUUCCAACUUGGAAAAUUCUGAAGUAACAGAUGUAGAUCCUCAGAUUCAAGCAGCUAUAAAGAAGAUGAAUAAACUUGACACAAUAUUAGCAAAAAAAUGUUUUAAGGAGAGAGCAAUUAAAAAACAAGGCAAAGAAAUGAGGGCAAAGCUCUGGGAAGAACUUCAGUCUUUCAGAACCACUGGAAGCCAUGAGGAGCUAGAAAACACAAAACUUUUUUUAGCUUUGAUCUCAUCAUGGCAGGAUACAUCUGAUCUCUCCCAUGAUAAAGACGAUGAACUAUAUACUUCAAUAUUUGACACAAAAAUUAAUCCAGAAGAUUAUGAUUGCCAUAAACCCCAACAUAGUCAGG